ACUUCUGCGCAGUCACUGCACCUUCUCCUGAGAUCUGCUCUCUAGCUCCAGCAGCUCCCAGAGCCCUGCACAUCAUGAGACUCCUGUUCCAGGCACUGUGUCUGUGCUUGGCCCUGGCCUCCUCCCUGGCUGCGCCACCGCCAUUCUAUGGGGGAGCAGAUGGUGUCUUUUCAGAUCACCACGAGGAUCACCAUCCAGGAAAGCCAGGAGUUCACCAGGGUGCCCACCACGAUGGCCACCAUGGUCCUCCCCAUGAUGACCACCAUGGGCCGCCCCAUGAUGACCACCACAAGCAUCCAGAUCGCUGUGCAGGGAUAGAGUUUGAUGCCAUCACCCCGGACGAGAAAGGAAACACUUUCUUCUUCAAAGGUGACCACUUGUGGAAGGGAUUCACUGGCAAAGCCCAGUUCCUCAAUGAGUCCUUCCAUGAGUUAGAUGACCAUCAUCACCUUGACCAUAUCGAUGCUGCUUUCAGGAUGCAUGAUGAAGAGGACCCUGAAGACCAUGACCACAUUUUCUUCUUCCUGAAUGACAAGGUCUACAGUUACUAUAACCAUACUCUGGAAGCUGGCUUCCCAAAAGAUAUUCAUGAUGAAUUCCCUGGAAUUCCCGAUGACCUGGAUGCAGCUGUGGAGUGCCCGAAGGGGGAAUGCCAAACAAACUCUGUGCUCUUCUUCAAAGGAUCACAUGUGUAUCACCAUGACCUGAAGACCCACGCUGUCAAGGAGAAAAACUGGCCCCACUUGGGCAACUGCACAGCCGCCUUCCGCUGGCUGGAGCGCUACUACUGCUUCCACGGCCACAGCUUCACGAAAUUCAACCCUGUGACUGGAGAGGUAAAAGGAGAUUAUCCCAAGGAUGCCCGGAAUUACUUCAUGCGAUGCCCUGGCUUCGGCCAUGGAAAGAAUGACUCUAAGAGGGACCACAUUGAACGCUGCAGCAAACUGCCCUUCGACGAAUUCACUUCUGAUGACGAGGGAAGAUCCUACGCCUUCCGAGGAGCUUAUUUCCUGCGCCUUGAUACCGCCCGUGACGGCUGGCACGCCUGGCCCAUUGACAGCGCCUGGAAAGAGGUGCACAGCGAUGUGGAUGCUGUGUUUUCCUGGGAUCACAAACUCUACAUUAUUAAGGACGGGAAAGUUUACAUUUACAAGACUGGUCAGCAUUAUACUCUUGUAGAGGGGUACCCCAAAACUUUGAAGGAAGAAUUGGGGGUGGAGGGAGAAGUGGAUGCUGCUUUUGUCUGUGCAAAGGAACAUGUGGUGCACAUCAUUCAAGGGAGCAAGAUGCUAGAUGUGGACCUGACUGCAACACCUCGCACUGUGGUUAAGGAAUGGACUCUACCAUACAAGCACAUUGAUGGGGCCAUGUGUGGGGCUGACAAAGUGAGGGUCUUCGUGGGGCCGGAGUAUUUUGAGUACGAAAGCCCCCAGCUGCUGGCUCUCGGAAGAAUAAAGCCACCACCCCACAAAAUAUCUGUAGAUCUGCUGAAAUGUGAAGACUAGAGUGCAGCACCAGGAGGCCAGUGGAAGAGCAGUACCCCAGGAAACACACGGGCUAGCAGAGAGCAUGACCGACCCUACGGCCUGUUGGCAGACGAGAUACCCCAGAGGCUUUGCCACACUUCCUCAGCCCCUUGGUUCACCAGACCUCACGACCACACCGCUACCUCUCUUCUCUGCCGAAGACUUUCCCAGCUGAUCCCUGUCCUUGCCAUUCUCUUGCCUUGGGCUCUCUCCAUUCCCAUUUCACAGAGCUUUACCAAAGUGGGGCUGAAGGUUCAAAACUACUGACUGGCUGGGGUUAUGGGGGUUAACCAUAGGACACCUACUCUGCUGUACUGCACAACCCUCACUUGAAAUAAACAACAACAACAACAACAAAGUUAAA